UGGAUUGGUCACCAACCAACAGAAGCUGAGCCUGAGCUGAGAGUUUGAGUUCAAACUUCAACCCCUGGCCCCUCCUCCUCCUCCUCCAAAUUCUUCUUCUACUGCCUUCCUCUUUCUUAGUUUAGCUUCCUUUCAAUUUAAUCAUGUCUGACUGCCUUCCCUCCAUCAAUUUCCCUCUCCAAAAUUCCUUAAUAAAACUACAUCAAUUUGGGGUUGCCGCUUCUUUCAAAUUAUCCAAAUACGCCAAACUUGGCACUUCUCGCUCUAACAAGAUUUCCAUUUCUAUGAACUGUGCUCGAGAUCGGGAUGCAAUUCCUUUCCCCUCAGACGAAUACGAGUAUGAAGACCUAGGCUUUGGGCUAAUUGAGAAGGAAAAAAUUCGAAGAAACCUAAAUGGCAAGAAAGAUGAACCGGAAAUGGGGGAAGCAGCUACAAGAAAUGGAGUUGAUGAAGAAGCCCAGGACUUUAGCAGCAUUGGCGAAAUUUUCAAGUUUAAGGGUGCUCAGAAAGACAAUAUAUUUGUGAAAGACGACGACAAUGCAAAACACCAAGGUUUUGAUUCCAAGUUGGAGGAUUUAGAGAGACACGAUUACUGGGGAUCAGAUGAGGUGGCAAAGAGCGGGAGACAAAUGAUGAGGAGAUCAAAUAUCAUUGCGAAGCAAGUUAUCAGCAUCCGCUCUGCUCUCAGUUUAGGUUAUGUUUCGCAGCUUUGGGUGGACACAAGUUCCUGGACUGUGAUAGUUGUGGAAGUGAGACCAAACUUACUGUCAAGCGACUUUGAGAGGUUUCUGUUGAAGGAGAUAACACAGGUUGGAGAUGUUAUACUUGUUGAGGAUGAAGUUGUGAUAGAAGAUGAUUUUAAAUUGGUUAGAAUGGAGACACUGGUAGGAUAUACUGUUGUAACACCAAGUCGUCAAAGUAUUGGAAAGGUGCGUGGCUACACCUUUAAUAUCAUCUCAGGCACCGUGGAGUCACUUGAGCUUGAUUCAUUCGGAAUUUCCAUUAUUCCAUCUAGUUUGGUUAGCACCUAUUCUCUAUUUGUGGAAGACGUGAAGGAAGUUCUAUCUGACACGGUUAUUGUGCGAGAAGCUGCUGUAUCACGCAUACAGAGGCUAACUAAGGGAUUAUGGGAUGGCCAGUAUUCAGGGAUCUCAAAGGAUGAGUUUGACGAACAAUUGGACAUCAAUGGACAACAGAAUCAUGCAGAUUACAGAGAGAAGCGGCGCAAAAGCUGGUCAAGAAGAAAAUUACGCCCUAAGAUAAGGAAAAGUGAAGAUGAUUGGGAGCUACCAAUGGAUUAUUUAUGAUCUGAGUUUGAUGCUACCAGGCCCUGUAUAUAUCCAGCAUAAAAGUCUUUGCAUUCUGCCUCUUUCCAUUUGAAUUUCUCUGGAUCGACCUAAUAUUACUUUCUUUAGACUGUUCAACAGUGGAAGGUAAUUAAAGCUAGUUUUAGCUUUUAAUGUA